AUGGCUGACGCAGAACAAUUGCCGUUUUCAGUUAGGGAGACGAAAACCAAACCAGAAGGAGACCAAACCACGGUCAAUGAUUCCCGUUUGAGGGUGAUGGUUGAGGCCCACGUGUCGGUUGGCGGGGCCCAGUCUCGGGUGCACUAUUUAGAUCCAUUCGAACGUGGCGACUGGGGAUAUCCUCUCACAGCUCGCCCAAUGGAUUCUUCCCAUUCCAGCUGCAUCUCCCUCUCCAGCUCUGCCUCCCGCCGCCUUCUGUCUCCGGCGGCGCCGCCUUCACCAUACAGCGACACCCCGUCCUGCGCUGAAUACGCCUUCCCCAAGCUCCUCUCCAUGGUCCUAUGCUUCCUCGUCAUCGCCGCACUCUUUUAUUUGGCCUUCGGAGACCAGGCCUACGAGGAGGAGGAUGAUGAAGAGGGGGAUCCGGAUCCGCGUGGAAUGAAGAAGUCUGCGCCGAAGGGACUCGACCCGGCCGUGCUAGCGUCGCUCCCGGUGGCGCCGUAUGCCGAGGUGGCAGGGUCAGGGAUGGUGGGGUCGGAGUGCGCCGUGUGCCUGGCGGAGUUCGGUGGCGGCGACGCUGUCAGGGUGAUGGCGGCGUGCGGCCACGGGUUCCACGUGGGCUGCAUCGACCCGUGGCUCGCCGGGCACGUCACGUGCCCCGUGUGCAGGUCGGACCUGGCGGCGCCCUGCAACGUCAUUGUGGUCAACGGAUAG